UGCCAAGAGUCCGAAGCAAAAUACUCCUCUAGUCCUCUCCAGUUCCACCUAUUCCAAUUUCCUUCAUCAACAUACCACCUCCAACUUGAGAAAACAAAUAAGAAGAUAGACCGGAAAAGAUUCCAACCAAAUCGAACUUUGCCGACGAAAUCGAUCGGAAAUAUCGCCGAAUCUCCCGGGAAUCGGAACCAGAAUUAUUCAUUCUUAGAUAAGUUUGAAGGUAUUGUAACUGAUGUCAAUAUUUUGGGUUGUUCGUCAGCUUGCACAUAUCCAGGAAUCCAUGGCUACGUCGAAAAAGGUUAUAACAAAGGAAGAGUGGGAGAAAAAACUUAAAGAUGUAAAGAUUAGAAAGGAGGAUAUGAACAAAUUAGUGAUGAAUUUUCUUGUCACCGAGGGUUAUGUUGAUGCUGCCGAGAAGUUCCGUACGGAGUCUGGAACCGAACAUAUAGAUCUCGCAACGAUCAUGGAUCGAAUGGCGGUUAAGAAGGCUGUACAGUGUGGGAAUGUGGAGGACGCGAUUGAGAAAGUAAAUGAUUUAAAUCCAGAGAUACUAGAUACAAACCCGCAGCUGUUUUUCCAUCUUCAACAACAAAGAAUGAUAGAACUAAUCAGGAAUGGAAAGAUAGAAGAGGCUCUGGAAUUUGCUCAAGAAGAGCUUGCUCCAAGGGGUGAAGAAAAUCAAAGCUUCCUAGAAGAGUUGGAAAGAACGGUUGCACUCCUUGCAUUUGAAGACGUCUCUAACUGUCCAGUUGGGGAGCUUUUGGACAUAUCUCAGCGUUUGAAGACAGCCAGUGAGGUAAAUGCAGCCAUUCUCACAAGUCAGAGUCAUGAAAAAGAUCCCAAGCUACCAAGCUUAUUGAAAAUGCUGAUAUGGGCUCAGAAUCAACUAGAUGAAAAAGCAGCUUAUCCUCGAAUUAACGAUUUAACAUCUGCCCACCUAGAAGACCCGGCCGUUUAAAAGUUCUAGCCUCCUCUAGCUUGUAUCUCAGAUUCAAAGCUUGUAAUUUGAAAACUCAGUAGUUAGUCUUUACUCUGAAACAUACUGUUAAUAGUUAGGACCAUUUUUUUUACCAUUCUCUUAAAAAUCUUUUCAGUGACUUUUGAGCCUUUGCACAGAUGUUAAUUAAUUGAUGUCUGUGCUUCUUAAGUUCUUGCUGUUCAAUUGGAAUUAAAGAGAGUUGGUGAUGGGUGAUCUAUGUGUUUAGUCUCCAAUUACUACUUGAUUAACAAUUGUGUAUUGUAUUUUUGGCAAUUUAUAGUUUUCAAAUAGGUUUCUUUGA